AUGGAUUGGUAUGAGGUUUUGCUGUCAAUAGGAAGUUAUCUCCAUUUCGUUGCAGACGAAGAAGGCGCUUUGAAAAUGCUACCAACACAUGUGCGAGCAAUACCGAAUGGUGAAGAGAGCGGAGACUAUUUAGUACUAGACCUUGGUGGAACUAACUUUCGCACUCUCCUCAUACGUCUCAAUGGAAGAGAGGCCGAAAUGACCGGAAAAGUGUACAGUGUCCCCCAAAGCAUAAUGCGUGGUAGUGCAGAAGAG